AUGUCCUUCAUAUACUUAUCCGAGUCACAGCUCGGUCAUCAUCACGACCGCACGCAGUCACCGAAAUCACAGUCCUCGCCCCGCGCAUCCGUUCAGUCUUCGCCGUCCAAGACGCCACGAUCAUCGUCGCACCAGACUGAUGCUACAAGCCCACCGGGCGAGUAUGAAAUGGGCCGCGUAAACCGCCUCUUUGAGAUCCUUACCGCGCGCUCCGAUAUUGACUACCCCAUAUGUAUCGAGUGCACCGAUAUGCUCGUCGACGGCCUGCAGCGGAAGCUCGAUACGGCGGCCCGAACACGCGACGCCUACGCCGCCCAGCUCAAGGAGAUGCGCGCGGCGCAGCCCAGCGAGGCCGACAAGCGGGCCGCCCGUGAACGGCGGCGCAAGGCCGAUGGCGAGCGUGAGGCAGCCAUGCGAGAGCUCAAGCGCCUCGAGGCCGAGAAGGACGCCCUCGACGAGGAAAUUCUAGCGCUCGAGGACGAGUCGCGCCAGCUCGACAAGGAGGAGGCCGCCUUCUGGGACGAACGCAACGCAUUUGCGGCCAAGAUGGCCGACUUCCAGGCGGAGCGCGACAGCGUCAACACGAAAUACAGCAACGACUCACAACUGCUGCAGAAGCUGCAGCGUACUAACGUCUACAAUGACACCUUUUGCAUCAGCCAUGACGGCAGCUUCGCCACCAUCAACAGCCUCCGCCUCGGCCGCCUCUCCAGCAAGCCCGUCGACUGGCCCGAGAUCAACGCCGCCUGGGGCCACGCGCUGCUCCUCCUCGUUACCGUCGCCGACAAGCUCGAGUUCCGCUUCCAGGGCUAUGAGCCGCAGCCUAUGGGCAGCACCUCCAAGAUUGUCCGCCUCGACGCCGCCAGCCCCGCCGCCAGCCGCGUCGGCGGCCACGACGCCCGCGCAUCUUCCAGCUCGCGCCCGCCCCCCGCGCCCAAGCGAAACGUCCUCGAGCUCUACAGCUCCGGCGGCGACCUGCCCCUCGGCCUGCGCCUGCUCCACCGCUCCUUCGACAACGCCAUGGUCGCCUUCCUCGAGCUCGUCCGCCAGCUCGGCGAGCACAUCCACCGCACCACCCGCGGCUCCGAGCGGCCCCUCAGCCUGCCGUACCGCAUCGACGGCGACAAGAUUGACGACGUCAGCAUCCGCCUGGGCAUCGCCCAGGACGACGGCUGGACAAAGGCGUGCAAGCUGACCCUGACGUGCUGCAAGUUCCUGCUUGCGCACGCCAGCAACGUGAGCGCGGUGACGCGCGAUGCAGACUCAUGA